AGUAGAGCUGCGGUGGUUAUGCGGAAAAACAGCUUAAGAUUUAGACGAGCCGUUGUGUUGUUCCUCUUACUCUGCGCCGUUCGUUUCAGGGGAAACCUUUUUAAACCCCCACCCACUCAAAAGCACUUGUGAAGGCGGAUGAAAGAUCCAAAGCAAGCCAGGUUAUGUUCAUUAAAAGGGCACAGGAGUACACCAGUCCUUUUGGAAUUUGUGUUCACCUGUAAGGAGUAAACCCGAGGAAUUUAAAUAGGAUUAGUAACCCCUGGCAAGAGCUGGCUAACCUAAGUGAUACAAAGCUCUGUGAGGGGUGAUAGAUUCAUAGAGCACCAAUGAGUAGCUCACAUUCCUUGUGUAUGUAGUCUGGGCUUGGCAUCCCUCGUUAACAAACCUUUGAAAUUUAACUGCCUUCCAUUGUUUCACAUGUUUUUGGCAAGACUGUUCUGUUCUAGAGAAAAAAAGCAAGUGAGAUGGACUGGAUCAAAUUGCGCACCUACUCUGGGAAAAGGAAGGCCCAAAAGAACAAACACUGUGGUUCUCCUGUGCCAGGCGUGAUAGUUCCUGGCACUGUGGGCAGGAAGAAUGCCCCUCGGCAGUGCUUAGACCUUCUUUCCAAGCGUAGAAGGCAGACUUCUGCCAAAAGGCAGAUUGGAAGCGUUAGUGCAAAAACAUUACCAGCAAUUCAAGAAACUUCCAACGUGGAUUGCUUUUCAGCUGAACAAAGUGUUGAACUAAAUUAUAAUGACAACGCAGGCAUGAAUAUGAGUGAAAAAAUCAAUGAAAUUGACAGUAAUACACCACAGAGUUCCGUGCGUUUAAACUUGGGAAGUAGAGAGAGCCUGGGGACCAGUGAGACUAGUUCAGAGCUGACCCUACCAACAGGUGUUUCAGACUUUCUGCUACAGUGCUUGGAUUCUAGUAUAGAUGCUAAUACAGAGUCUAGUGAUGGAACAAAUAAUUACUCAUCACCUGAAACAUUCAGGGAUGGCAGUGAUUUAGAAGAAACCUGUGAUAGUCCCAAAGAAUACUUUGGAUGCAAGAACUCUACACUCCUGGAUACAAGCAAAGCCAUCAGUGUAAACAAGAUACCAUCACUGUCUGAUUUUUCGAAAAUAUUUGAAAAUACAUUGGAGAGUCAAGUUGAGCACCUUCCGAGUGACACAUUGUCUAAGAGCAAACAAUUUUGUGAAUCAACAGAUGUGUCCACUACAGUAGCAGGGAAGCGAGUGUACAAAAUCCUGUCAUCAAAGGAAAAAACACCAAAAUCACAGCCUUCUGAAACCUUGGUACUGCCUCCAAAACAAAGCAAACUGCUUGAUAAUCAACAAUCCAGAAAAAUGAAGUUCAGAAAGACAUUACAUUUCAAGAGUUUCCUAGAAACCACAGCAUCCUCUUCCUCUUCUGUUGCGCUUUCUUCAACUGCAUUGAAAACACCAGUCCAAGCUCAUAGAAUUAUAGAUGGAGAUUUUGCCUUGGAAGAACCAGAUGCUGAUAUGCCUGGCAUGUCGUCAGUGCAGAAACCUGUGGCCAAAUUAAACACAACUAGCCUGAAUUUGGAAGAAACUGUUCCUGCAUCUCCAGAAAGCAGUAUUUUUCAGUAUCUCCGUCAUCCACCAGAAAUCUGCAGUAUUGUUAAAGCUUCACCAGAAUUUAGACCACUAAAAAGUGUCCAGCAGCCACUGAGACAAAUAUCGUUUCCCCCACAAGGAAUACCAGCAGAUAUUAUUACAAAUGACAGAAACUGGAUCUGCAGUAAUGACAGUUGAAAAAAAAAAGAUUGGAAGCGAGAAGACAGAAAUUGGAGUACAUUAUGAGACACUGUAUAGUUACAUUGUAUGGACAGUAAGUCCAAAUUAAAGUGCUCCCAAAUUGUAUCUGAACUGAUGCAGUUUUACAACGCAUUUAACUUCCUUGAUUUUUGUAGAAAGUAUUUGUCUAUAGUAGUGAAGAUAUAAGAUGUUACAUAUUUACUUGUUAUUACAGUUAAAUGAUAAUCAGAUAAGGGACUUUGUCAGUUAAAUAGCAUUUUCUAUACUUUCUGAUUUAUACCUACUGGAGUAAUUUAUCAAAUCUGAAGGAGAAAGACUUUUUCAAGUUCUGUAUUAAAAACAAGAUAUUUAAGUUUGCAUUAAAAAAAUCAAAGAGACACUGACUAUUUUCACUUUAUGUUAAACUGCACAACUAUUUCCACAUGUGCAGAA